CGCACGCAAAUUGUCUCUGUCUCACUCAUGCACACACACGAUAAAAUAACACCCCACCCCAGUGCGCUCAGCUGCCAGCUGUUUCUGGUUAGGCAGUUGGGCCUGUAGUGACGAGGAGGAGCAGGCAGGCCGGCAGAGUCAUGGAGCGGCAGCUGGAGCUUGCUGCCCUUGGUCUGGCUUUCACAGGGUGGCUUUGUGCCAUUCUGACUCGCUGCCUGGCCCUGUGGAAGGUGAGCGGCACCCUGGACAACGCCACAGCGACUCUGCCUGCCUACUGGGACGGGGUGUGGCUGGAAUGGGAUCACUGGGACCUGAACCACGAUGGCAGCCUGCACUGCUCCUUCUACCAGUCUCUCAUGUCUCUUUCUGGGAGCUUUCGGACGUGGAGAGCCCUCAUCAUGGCGUCCAUCGGAGCUGGGGGGUUUGCUGUGGUGAUCGGCACUGUUGGGGCGGUGUGGUUCCCUAGACGCGGUCAGAUCAAAGUGUUUUCUGGUACUCUCUUUGUUUUGUCUGGGAUCCUGCUGCUGGUUCCCACAGCUUGGACGUGUCAUCACAGCAGUCAGCCACUGGAGGGUGCUGCCCUGCUCAGAAGAGACUGGGGACCUGCGCUGUACAUUGGAUGGAUCUCCUUUGCUUUGAUGCUGGCCGGAGGGGUGUUCCUCAUCACCAGAUGUCCCACUGGGGAAAGGCAGGGACAGCAGCCUGAAGGGAGUGGGUAUCCCAAUCUAGAGGAGGAGGCUAAUCAUCCACUGAGCAGGAUCAACAGGACUACGUUCACACAAAGCCAGUAUGACCGCAGAUCAGAGCCUAUCUGAGGGGACUGUGUUGUAAUAUUUAUCUGAGUGUGAGUGAUUCAACUGGAAUAUCAUUAAUAUGUGAGAUGGCUGUGAGUAGAUUUAACAGCAAAGGAAAAAUUCUGACUGCACAUGUUGAGUAAUGAUCCACUGGCAUAACUAAGCGUGAACUUAACAUUACAAAGCACAAACACAGCAAUGUGUCAUUUACUUAGCUUUAUUGAUAGAGGUGUGGGUAGGCGUUUGAAUUUGAACUGUGUUUCUUUCAUUUCUAUUGAAGCUAACACACUGUGUAGUUUACAUUAAAUUGUUUUACAUUCAAUUCUCAUUUCCCCUAUUCAAUAUCACUGUAACAUACUUACUAUUGAUACUGUUCUGAUUCCCAUAAUUCUGUCUGAGACUGAAGACAUUAUCAUCCCCUGAUACUUUUAAUACUUUGCCAUACAUGUGAAUGAGUUCAUACUGGUCCUAAAACUAAAUACUGUACUUGUAUUGCACUAUAUUAGAGUAAUGCAGUUUAAUAUUUCUUUGGUUUGUAGAGAGUGAAAAAAAUGUUUACAUCUGAGAUGAGUUCCUCUGCACAACAAAACACUGUAGAAUAAAGCAGUGAAAAUUAUUCAAUGAAUAUUUGCUUAGAAAAGCUAUUUGACUUAAGUCAUGAUUUAUAGUGUUUUAGCUCAUUAUGCCACAGGGCACUCAAAGAGGCAAAAAGCUGAUCAGUAAUUCUGAAACAUUUACUGUUGCCAGUUAAAACCUGACAUGUUGCACUUUUGACUGAGAGAUUUAUUUCAGUUUUCUUUUAACUCAGAGGAGGUAAAUUCCACACAUUUCUGACUGAAACUUGAUUCUCCUGAACUUUAAAAUGUGAUAAAAAAUUUAAUAAAAAGUCAGACCUCUUGGACCUGUGUGUGGGUAUGUGUUUCACACUACAGAUUUGCAAAUAAAAACAUUUUAAAUUAUUUUUUAUGUAUCAUACUCUUCCAGCUGCAGUACAUCACAUGCUAUAUAUCUCUAUUGCUCAGUUUGCGAAGAAAAAGAAAAAAGAAAUGCAAUAUGUAAUUCUUCAGGUUAUAUUUGACACUUUUUCUGAAUUUUGUGAAUGCAAAUUACGGUACGAUAAUCCAUAUUGUGGUCCAGUUCAGCACUUUUUCAUAGAUAGAAAUAAUUUCUGUUCUUAAAGGUGCUACAUAUUUCAGUGGUCUGCAAAACUGUGAUUUUGUUUGUUUUCAAAACAGCUGUGUGCAUAUUAGGGAAAAUCAUGCAUAUAUACAAAAAGGGAAAUAUUUUGUUAAAUAUUUAUUUGCUACAAAGCAAACUCACUCAUUAUGACAAAAUAUAAAUUACUGUGUUAAAGAAAUUAUCCAUAAAACAGGAAUACUGAGCAAAACUACAUGGCACACAAAGUCUGAUGGAAGGCAGAAACAACCUCAUCCAGGAGUACUGCAAGCUGUCCUGAGGUGUUAGCAUAAAUGUAACUAAUAAAUAAGUCAAUGCACACCAUCAGAUCUAUUUACUGACGGCCAAGUUUAGAUGUAAAUUCCAUGUCAAAUGCAAAUGGAACAAUACUUUUUUUUCUUUCUUUUUUUCAGUCAAAUAAAUCCUUUAAAAAUAGAGCUGGUGAAUAGGAAUGACUGAAA